GUUUCUGCUCUGCUCUUCUUCUUCGUGCAGCCCGACCAGCCCCCCCAAAGCCACCGAUUCCCUCUUCUUGUGAGAACCGAUGAAAGGCUUGAAAUUUCCCUUUCCUUCUUGCUCAAAAACCAAGUUUCAGGCCUAGAACACUCUCCUAGACCCAGAAAUUUUCCAGAUCUGCGCUGUCUUCUUCCCCUCUGUCCGCCGGCCUCUGCUGUGUGGGGUUGGGUUCGGUUUUCUGCAUCGUGAGUCUCCCCUGCAGAUUUGCCGCUGCCCUCUUUCCCCCGCCAGAUCCAGUUCUGCAGCUGGAAAAUUUUGGGUAGUGAGACUUGACGCAUGGGGAGCCUGGGGGAGUGAUGAGUUAGACGGCUAAGCACUUUUGGACUUAGAUUUUUGUAGCUAGGCCGUUGGUCACCCAUGCUUGACUCAGAAAUUUUUGUGUACAGAACUUAGUUUUAGUCAUGAUGGUAUAUAUGAAAUUAUAAAUUUUGUACAUCUGACUGGUAAAUAUUUGGUAAAUAAAAAUGUUUAGAUCUGAAUUGUCUGAAUCGCUAAGUAAGAACUCAGUAAGUUUAGAGCCUUGUGCAUUUGUGGGCUCUGCUCAUGAGUGUACGGUGUCUGUCGCGCUUCGAAUUCGGGUUUUGGGGCGUGACACCACUAGUUCUCCUCUUCCUUUUUUCUACCUCCAUUUCUUCAUCAUUGUUUUAGAUGAGAAAAGUCUUGAUUUUUUUGUCAUUUUUUCCUUUAAAAUAGUAGAUUAGCCAAGCCACUAUGUAUGUUCUUGGGGGUGUGAUUAUUCCUUCAAGAGUGAUCUAUUGAGAGGAUUCUUGGGGUUUAUAUUGUAAAGGGGUGAGGUUUGAGAGAAAUACUAAUUUUCUUGUAAAAGAAUUGAGUGGCUCCUUUAAGCCACCCUUAUCUUUCUUGGUGAAGAGUGUGGAGGAAAUCCUUGAUGAGUGAAGCCAAGGUAGGAGACUAGGCUCCAAGUGGUUGGACCGAACCUCUAUAAAUUCUUUGUGCAAGC